UGAUUUGUCAAGUCGUGAUCUAGGGGGUCGCAUACCUGCGGAAAUUGGAAAUCUUACUCAUCUAAGACUAUUGGAUUUGAGUGAAAACAAGCUACGGGGCUCGAUUCCUAAAUCAUUUGGAAACCUGUCACAGCUCCGAUUCCUUUACCUCCGGGAUAACUUUUUGGAAGGACCCAUGCCACCUUGCCUUGGCGAAUUGAAGUCAUUGGAACUUAU